CCUUAGUAAUGCUGGUCGACCGCCGUUAAAUACAGUAUGAAGGAGCUAAGUGAAGUGAUCUCCAGCUAUGAAAUGAACAACAUUGUUAAACAGUUCACCAGACUUAAGGAUCACUGCUACCUCGACAAUGCCGGAGCCGCUCUGUACCCCGAGAGUCUCAUUAAGGCCGUGAGCGACGACUUCACCACCAACAUCUACAUGAACCCGCACUCCGACAUACGCUCCCAGGAAUGUAUCGAUGAUGUACGGAACCUCAUCCUUCGACACUUCCAUACAAACGCUUCCGAGUACAGCGUCGUCUUUACCUCCGGUGCGACGCAAUCGCUGAGACUCGUCGCUGAGUCAUUCAGGUUCAGCCCCAAAAACGAGCGCGGGGCUUUUGUGCACCUUUGCGAUAAUCACACCUCGGUCCUCGGUUUACGAGAGUUGGUGAAAUUGGACGCUGUUGAAAUCUUCCCGAUUCCACACGACAAUUUCAUCGAGACCCUGACUAGUGAUGAUAUUAGUGACGAUAGUGGGCAAGAGAAAACGAGUAAUGCACUACUAGUGUAUCCAGCUCAAAAUAACUUCAAUGGACACAAGUAUCCGAUCGAUCGUAUGGACGAUAUAAGGAGAGGAUGCUUAGAUAAAUUUGUGAACAGGAAUGGCGAAAAAAAGAAGUACGAUUGGCACAUUCUUCUGGAUGCUGCGUCGUUUGUUUCUACGAGUAACUUGGACCUCACUGUAGUGAAGCCAGAUUUUGUUUGCCUCUCGUUUUACAAGAUAUUCGGGUAUCCGACGGGAUUAGGAGCUUUGCUAGUGAAAAACGACAGUAUACCUGUUUUAAAUGAGAAGAAAUAUUAUGGCGGAGGCACAGUAGAUACUGUGCUAAACAGUGAUACAUUUUUCGCAAGAAAAAAGGAUCUAAGUGAAGGGUUCGAAGAUGGUACCAUAUCUUUUUUGUCGAUAAUGGCUCUCAAACAUUGUUUUAAUGCUUUGAAUAAAUUAAUACCCAAAGCAGUUAAUAACAAUGCCAUGGAAACUAUAUCUCUACACACUUUUCACCUAGCUAAAGAAUUCUAUAAUAGAUUGGAGGAUUUAAAACAUCAGAAUGGAAGAAAGGCAAUCGUGUUUUAUAUGGAUACAGAUUUUACUGAUAUUAAAAAACAGGGUGGCAUUGUUACGUUUAAUAUAAUAAGAGAAGAUGGAAGCUUUGUCGGAUACAAUGAGUUUGAAAGUAAAUCAGUUACGCGGAAAAUUUCGGUUAGGACCGGAUGUUUCUGCAAUUCCGGUUCCUGCCAAAGGCACUUCCAGCUGUCCAAUAAAGAAAUAAGGGACAGGUACGAAGCCGGUCACAAAUGCGGUGGAGAAACUGAUCUUAUAGACGGCGUACCGACAGGGGCAGUGCGAGUGUCCUUCGGGUACUACAACACUUAUGCAGACGUCGACAACAUAAUGAAUAUGAUCACUGAAUGCUACGUGACACCGAAAAUUAUGAGCGAAAAAGCCCUACCAAAAGGAUUCGUAAGGCCGCACAUGAUUACACAAAUUCCAUGUAAGGGUACUACAAAACAAAAUUACAUCGACCCACCGAAAAAGUUCACAAAAACCCUGAAAGAAAUAAUAAUAUAUCCAAUCGAGCAUUGCGGACCGUACACAAUCAAAUCCAAUUGGAGAUUAGGCAGCGAGGGUUUAGAAUAUAACAAAACGUGGAAGAUCAUUACUACGAAUAACACAGUUUUAAAUGAAAAUAGCAAGCGGCUGCUGUCAAAAAUUUGCCCAGAGUUCGAUUUAAAUUACAACAACUUAAUCUUGCACUAUCCAGGGACCAGUUCCAUAUGCAUUCCUUUAGAAGAGUACAUAGUUUACAGCUCGAUAUGUGUCGACGAAGAGACCAUAGAACAUGACUGUGGAGAUAAAAUAGCAACAUGGAUAUCUAACGUUGCUAACUGCCCAAACUUGCGACUCGUUAAAAUAAUACGAAACGUAUCUAGAAAGUCAAAUCCUUUCGAAUCCCUGUCAAAAAUGAUAAUAAUGACAAAUGAAUAUCAUUUUAUGGACCACACGUUCGACUAUAAAAGUAUCAAAGCAAAUUUAGUUGUAGAUAUGCCUCCAGAGUCUUUUACUGGAGAUUGGGAUAAAAUCGUCAUUGGAAAUCAUGAAUUUAAGGUAGAAGGAUAUUACUCUCAAAGCUUAAAAAUAAACACAGAAUGCAACAGCGAGAUAGCUUUAAACCAACCGAAAAUCUGUUCAAAGGAUCUUGUUUUGGCCGUAUAUUUAAGCUACCUUGGAAGUCUUAAUGGUUGUUAUAAGAAUCUAGAAAUUAAUUCCCAAGUACAGCCGCUAUUACGAAACCAACAGAGAAGUGAAGUAGAAGAUAGAAAAUUAAAUAACGACAAUAUUAUUUUCUCCAAAGAAUCAAAAACUCUCAAAACUAAGAUCAAUAAUUUAUUAUUUAAUAGACAAAGGAAGUUUGAAGUGACUGCACUUUGAAUAGAUAGGAAUAAUAUUAUGAUGUAAUUUUCAAAUAAUUAU